CUCUGAAAAGAGCUCAGCGCUGACGGAGAGAAUGCGGCUAUACGAGGAGCACCUCCCUUUUCUCCGUCCACUCCUCUCCCACCCUUGCACAGAGGCAGCCCAUGAUGUAAUGUUCCUGCUGCUGAUAGAGCAACCCCCUCUCCUGCUUUUUUUUUAUUUUUUAUAUUUCAUUCCCCUCCCCUUCCGAUUUUCUGCUGCUGCUGCUGCUGCUGCUCUCGCUGGUGGUGGUUGUGGCUGUGGAUGCGUGCGUGCUUGCGGUGCCGGUUUAGCUGCAUCUCUCGGGAUCCCUGCAGAGCUUCUCCUCCUCUGUCACCAGCCGACACAGAGCCGCUCCUGCAGAGCACUGCAAGACCUUGUCCUCUGCCGAUAAAAGAUCUCAUCAGAGACCCGGCAGUGCCGCGUUUGCAUGGAGGCUGACCGGUGGAGACGUGGUGUCUUGUACUGAGCUCUCAGAUCUUCAUUCCAGACCAGCAUCCUCCUCUGCAGGCCUCAAGGAGUCCCCCCCCCCCCCCUUCACCACAGUGCACAAGGAGCCUCGAGCGGCGCAAAGGAAGAGAGAGGCAUAGAAAAUAAACACAGCUUUAAAAAGACGCUCCCUAUGAAUUCCCCAAAAACCUGAAAGGCAAACACAAGUUGGCAGGAGGUCCGAAGGAGGUUUGAGGACAAUGGGUAUGGCUUGGCUCUACCUCCCAGCCUACACUGUCUUCCUCGUUGGCUGCUUUCACGCGGCUGCCACGGAAAGCGAUGUCACUCCACGCCUCACCUUCUCCUACAAUGCGAAGGAGAGGACAACCAGAAGUUUUUCACUCAGUGGAGUCUUCAACUUCACCUCCCUGCUACUCAGCAAAGAGGACAACACACUGUAUGUUGGCGCUCGGGAGAUCCUCUUCGCUCUCAACCUCACUGACCUCAGCGCCAUCAAGCUACAAAGAAAUCUCACGUGGAAAACUCCAGAGAGGAAAAGAGACGAGUGCGGUUUCAAAGGCAAAAACCUGCAGACGGAUUGCUUCAACUACAUCAAGAUUUUACUACGUAUGAACAGCACUCAUCUGUAUGUGUGUGGGACGUACGCCUUCAGCCCCACCUGUGCUUACAUAAACACGGCAGACUUCUCCCUCGUCAAGAGCGAUACUGGUGAGAUUGUUACAGAGGACGGACGAGGCCGCUGCCCCUUUAACCCUGAAUACAAGUCCACUGCUAUCAUGGCUGAUGGAGAGCUGUACGCCGGUACAGUUAGUAAUUUUCAAGGAAAUGAACCCAUCAUUUACAAGGGUCUAAGACAAGGAACCUCUCUAAAAACAGAAAACUCACUGAACUGGCUUCAAGACCCAGCCUUUGUUGGCUCUGCCUACAUUCAGGAGAGCCUGCCCAAAGGCAAUCUAGUGGGCGAUGACGAUAAGAUUUACUUCUUCUUCAGCGAAGCAGGAAAGGAGUUUGAUUUCUUUGACAAGACCAUUGUGUCCCGCAUUGCUCGUGUGUGCAAGGGUGACAUGGGAGGUGAGAGGGUCCUGCAGAAGAAAUGGACGACCUUCCUGAAGGCGCAACUCUUGUGCACUCUGCCGGACGAUGGCUUCCCCUUCAACAUUAUCCAAGACAUGUUUGUGCUGACACCCAGCCCCGAGGACUGGAAGAACACCGUGUUUUAUGGAGUCUUCACGUCUCAGUGGUAUAAUGGUGCUUCGGGAAGCUCUGCAGUGUGCUCCUUCACCAUGGACCAGGUGGAAAAGGCGUUCAAUGGGCGCUACCGUGAGGUCAACAGGGAGACUCAGCAGUGGUACACGUACAAUCACCCGGUCCCUGAGCCUCGGCCUGGUGUGUGCAUCACGAAUGCUGCCAGGGAAGACGGCAUCUCCUCCUCGCUGCACAUGCCGGACAAGGUGCUGAAUUUCGUCAAAGACCACUUCCUGAUGGACAGCGUGAUCCGCAGCCAGCCUCUCCUGCUGAAGCGCAAUGUUCGCUACACGCAGAUCGCCGUCCAUCUGGUGCAGGCAGCGAAAAAGGCAUAUAAUGUGAUCUUCAUUGGCACAGAUGAUGGGAGACUUCAUAAAGCCAUUAAUGUCAACAACAAGAUGCACAUCAUUGAGGAGAUGGUGAUCUUCCGUGACAGUCAGCCGGUGCAACGCAUUGAGCUGGACACUGAAAAGGGUCAGCUUUAUGUUUCAUCGUUCUCUGAAUUGGCGGCGGUCCCAGUAGCCAACUGCACUAAUUAUCAGAGUUGCGGGGAGUGUAUCCUCUCCAGGGAUCCUUACUGCGCUUGGAACGGGAGGCUGUGUGUGGAUGUCAGACGGGCUGCGGCAAGCAGUGCCUUGCAGCAGGACAUAGACGAAGCUGACACAUCGGCCGUUUGCAACAAGGCGGUGGCGAGCCCACGGUUAGCCAGACCUCCACCUGCACGAAUGUCCUCGUGCCAGGUGAUCGUUAUCCCGGCCAACACGUUCCAGGUUCUCCCUUGCCAGCUGCGCUCUAAUUUGGCUGAAAGGCGGUGGGAGUUCAGCGAGAGCGCGGGUCACUUCCAUUACCCCAGCCAACAGGGGGGAUUGGUAGUGGUGGCCCAAGCCGACCGGCAGGAAACCUACGAGUGCUGGUCGGUGGAGGAAGGCUUCAGACAGCUGCUGGCCAACUUCUGUGUGAGGGGCGAGGCCAAGCAGGAGAGCACCACGCUGAGAGGGCGCUCGCGUCCCCCGCAGGUGUCCCAGGGGAAGAUCCUCACCCUGCCGGAAGAGGCCCGGUCGCCGCAAAUCGACACCAAGACCUACUUCAACGAGCUGAUUGUGGUGUGUUCCCUCCUGGCGUUUUCCCUGCUGGUCUUCUGUCUGUUUGCAAUCUUCAGGAACCGCGGUGACGUGAAGUCAAUGCUCAAGGAGGGAGAGCGGGCCAACAUGCAGCAGAAGAAGCCCAGAACAGUGGGGAAACCGGCUGAGAACUUGCCGCUGAACGGCAACGCCGUCCCAGCGUCGGCGUCGGAUCACAAGGGCUACCAGACCCUUAACGACAACUACAUCUGCAGCACUCCGCCGCACGAGGGCCCGUCGCCCGACAACAGCAGGGGCUUCUCAGAACCGGAGAACAAGCCUCCGAACUUGAAAGAGAGUCAUGUAGAGGUUUCUCCCACGUGCCCGCGGCCAAGAGUCCGACUGGGCUCCGAGAUUAAAGACUCCAUAGUUUGAGGGCUCUGUGCUGUGCCGAGGGACUCGUCGUGGAACUGAGAGGAGAGAGUGCACUUGCAGAGAAAGACAAAAACCCCAACAAGAGGGAAAACUGAGGAUCAUUCAACUUUUCAUGGAGGGACAUUUCAUGUCACAGAUUUUGCACUUUUUGUUCUGUCCCUAUUUUCCUUCUCACUGCCUCUUAUUCAAGUGCAUUUGAAGCACACUGAAGAUGUUGCAGAUUGCCUUCAGACUUUUGACGCUUUCACUGCGGCUGAAAGAAAUGUAACAAGUGAGGCGGUGGAGCCACAAAUAAGUAAUUCAGUGAUUUAAUUUCAAAGCAUUGCCGCUCAGCUCGUCCAUAUAAUCUACUGGUAAUGCUAUGAAAUGCACAGUGAUAUUCAAACAUGUUCCCCCUAACAACUUAUAACAACUUAUAGUGUUUAUUUACAUCCUGUUAUCUGAUAAGAGCCGACCCUUUGCUGAGGCCAUGCACUAUGUACUAAACUGUAGAAAGGUAAACACUCACACCAGAAUGCCAACUACCGGUGGCAGGCGGGAACAGAAAUAGAUUUCUUUUUUAUGGCUAGUUUGCAUUCACAGAAAUAUACUGAUUAUUUAGGCUUGAAUAUAACACUGCAACAGAGAAAUAAUUGAGAGUAGAAAAUACUUUAUAAAUAAAUGUUUUUCUUGUUAAACUUUUAAAGAGAACAGUGGAACUGUUUUAGACAUUUUUUCCACCUCGAUCCCACACACACACACACCAAAAACAAACAAUAUAUGGUCAUAGAUCAAGACAUGCUAUGUUUUUAAGUAUUGGUAUUAUAGUGGAUACAAAUAUUCCUCCGUCAGAGCCUGACUUUCAACAAGGUUUUGAAUGUCAUUCCAGGUAUUAUCAUGCUGUAUGAGAUAUGCAGUCUAUGCAAAGCAAAUAAUGUGAAGUAGGGUAAACACCAAGACAACCUCACCUCGAGACUCGCUUGGCAUAAAGGUGUUGGCGCUGUUAAUUAUUUUAGGAUCAGUGGCCCUGCAAACACACACACGAGCUGUCAUCACACUAACGCUAGGUAUGCAAGAGAUGUGAGAUAUUUUGCUGUAUAUUAGGGCAGAAAUAAUGAUAAAUAUAUAAAUAAUACACCUAUUCAUAAUCUGAUUUAAAGAACACAUCUGUAUAGCCUCAACUUUUAUGUGAAUUUAGAGUUAAUAAAUGGAAGAAAAUGGCCUCCGCUUGCUUAGAUGGUUUUUAAAGGCAACCAUAAAAGCAAUAAUUUUCAUUCUCAUCCAGUAAUAAACAUAUUGUGCAUUUUAAUAAUCUUGAUUAGUCAAUUCACAAAUAGUGAAUUAUAAAGCAUAUGUUUUGUCUGUGAUAUGUUGGAAUAACUUAAUAGCAUUUUAUAGCAUAUUAUUUAAGUCUUACCUGAUUUGAGCCCUCGUCUUGUUAUGUGGCCAGCAAAAUUAAUAUUUCGCAAAAAUGCAGGAAGGCAUUUUCCAUGACUCAUAGGAUGCAGAGGAUUUGCACAUGAUGUUGAAAAGCCUUAGUAUAAUGCAGGUUAUGGAUUUGAUAACAAAUCUUAAACGGAUAAUGCCUUCUGAAACAAUAAUCAAGAGUUGUGCCUCUUGGGAUGACAAACUAAGCAGGUAGUAGUGCUGUAGAGUCAAACGCUACACUGAAAGUGUGAGAGGACGCUCAGACAUAAGAGUGAAAAAAUAUAAUAUGUGUGAUGUAAUACUGUCAAGUUUGUACAGUACAUGCUCACGAGGUGUUUAUCUUUUAUUUAAUGUUUGUCAGUGGCUUCAACUUUAGUCAGGGACAACAUUUUAUUCUAAAACUGUAGCACAUGAAACACCACUGGCUUAUUUUAAAAUACUGAAAUAUUGAUAUGUUUUAUGUUACAUUUAUUGUAAACGGCACUGAAAAAAUGACUCAAAGACUGGUCAACUAUUAAGAUUCAUGCUUAGACUGUUAGUAAAAAACAAACGGCAGCUUCUAGUGAAGUGGCUGUCAGAACAAUAUACAAUCGCAGAAGAAAUACUGCGUGGCAGUGACUUAGUGAAACAUGUGCAGGUACUGAACAUGCUAACAAGAAGCCUAACAUAUUAAUGCCACAGUGAAAGUAUCGUUGUCCGCUAUCUCUUAAUAAACCACUAUAGUCUGGCCUUUUAUUUGUGACGGUACAAGUUGCUCAGACGCUUGUCAACGUGUAAGAAACAAUAUUUUUUUUAUGUAAAAUUGUUUUGUAAAUUCAGCUGCCAAUGUAAAAUAUUGUGAAUUGUAUUUUUUUGUAUCAUACAUCACUAGUGUUUGUUUUUUUCCUUUUUGUAUUGUAUAUAAAAAGCACUUUAUUUUUAUUUUUCAAAUAAAGAUC